CCGAGUUGCUGCUCUCACUCCGGGAGGCGAUGGUUGGCCAUCAUAAGCGGGUAAACCCCGAGGCAGCAGCUACUCGGCCACCGGUUCGCCGAGCGAUCCGGGUGGAAGCGGCUCCGGGAUCAUGGGGGAUGCGAAUGAGGAACCGGACCAAAUCCGAUUGAAAUGCCUGAAAUAUGAAGGGAGCUUCACCGUGCCGCCGGAGGAUAAGUUGGGAAGAAGCAGAAGUGUGAAAGAAUUUGUAAAAUUAAAUCGCAUUGGUGAAGGGACCUAUGGUAUUGUGUAUCGGGCCCAUGAUACAAAAAGUGAUGAAAUUGUUGCCCUUAAGAAAGUUCGCAUGGAUAAAGAGAGGGAUGGAAUUCCUAUCAGUAGUUUGAGAGAGAUUAAUCUGCUCCUUAAACUGCGGCAUCCUAAUAUUGUGGAGCUGAAAGAAGUAGUGGUAGGAAACCACUUAGACAGCAUUUUCCUGGUAAUGGGAUACUGUGAACAGGACCUUGCCAGUCUUCUGGAAAAUAUGCAGUCACCGUUCUCAGAGGCUCAGGUGAAAUGUAUAAUCCUGCAGCUAUUGAAGGGACUGCGAUAUCUACACGAAAACUUUAUUAUUCACAGAGACCUUAAGGUGUCCAACUUGCUAAUGACUGAUAAAGGGUGUGUUAAGAUAGCGGACUUUGGGCUAGCACGUGCAUAUGGAGUGCCUUUGAAGCCUAUGACUCCAAAAGUAGUAACACUGUGGUACAGAGCGCCAGAAUUACUAUUGGGAACAAAGACCCAGACUACAGCUAUUGAUAUGUGGGCAGUUGGUUGUAUCCUUGCAGAGCUGCUGGCUCACAAACCUUUGCUUCCAGGAAGCUCUGAGAUCCAUCAGAUUGACCUGAUAGUUCAGUUAUUAGGGACUCCUAAUGAGAAUAUUUGGCCGGGUUUUUCCAAACUGCCAUUAGUGGGUCAGUACACUCUGCGAAAACAACCUUACAAUAACUUGAAGCACAAGUUUCCAUGGCUUUCAGAAGCAGGCCUCCGACUUCUCAACUUCCUCUUCAUGUAUGACCCAAAAAAGAGGGCAACAGCAGAGGACAGUCUGGAGAGUUCCUAUUUUAAAGAAAAACCAUUACCGUGUGAACCAGAGCUGAUGCCUACCUUCCCCCAUCAUCGUAACAAGCGAGCUGCUUCUAGUGUGGAUAAUCAACAAAAACGUCUAAAGGUGUGAUACAAUGAAUUUGUAUAAGGACACCUCAGCUACCUGUUAUGCAUUCAGAGAGACAAAGGAGAGUGUGUUCUUCCUAAUGUGCUCUAUCCCAUGCCGUAUGGGUUUGAAGUGGGCGUUACAAUAAACAUACCUAGCACAAGACAACACUCUGGCUGAAACAAUGCUCAGGAUUGGCAGUGAUCUAAGGGGAAAAAUUUAUUGAAUUAAUCAAACUGAUAUGAUUGUAUCCAAUGACAGAAUGGUACAAAACAAAAAUAAAACAUCAGACUUCUUAAAAUACUUUAAAAUAGUCACUGUCAUGUAAAGCCACAUUUGCCUGACAAAAUCAAGGAACAGUCUGUGAAACUGAACAAUUUGCUAACAUUCAGUUGCAACACUAUACUGUCUUCUGCUGUGGGUCCUUUUUGGAGUUCUCUUUCGUCAAUAUUUUUGUGCUGUUUUGACUUUGUUCGAACAAGAUCAUUGUUACAUUAAUUUAUUGAGUCAAUAGCUUAAAUAUUGAGAUUGUAUGUUAUGCAAUCGAUAUUGUGUAUAUAUAAUGCCAUGGUAAGAUCCAUAAUAAAUAAGCUAUAUGCUGACAGAAA